AUGGUGGACGGAGUAGCAGGACCAGCACAAGCUGAUCCAUGCUCUGCCACCGCGCAACAAUCACCAGAAAUACAACAAAGUGAUCAGAAUGGAAGGGGACUAAGGGAAAAAUGGCGAAAUUAUUUGAGUUCGCACUCAGGGGCUGCUGGACAACCUGUCCAAGCCGUAACCAUUCCGGAUGAUCUGAAGAAGGAAGUGGAUAAAAUGUUGGAUGGGAUGAAGCCCUACUUGCAGGGGAUGAACAGCACGGGCAGUGUCGCAAGGGCAUGUGAAAAACUGAAGGCCCCGGGGGAAGAAAAUAGGAACGGGGGGCCGCAAACAGGUAACAUGAAGAGAGUAUGCAAAACAUUAGUGCAAGUAGUUAAUUGGAUGGGGGGGUUGAACGCAGACGGAAGUGAGAAAAACAAAAAAGAUGCGACUGCAGAACAGGAGUGGGAACAGUAUUUAAGAUGUGUAAUAGGUUAUGAAGUUCUGUUAAGAGUACUUUUACCUAAGUAUAAAGUAGAAGAGUUCAUGAAAGUUAUCUCUAAAGUUAUGAGAGAUGGGGGUAGCGAAGGUAAUUUGCCUAAUGUGAAUAAUAUAUGUUCUUGGGUCAAAUUGGAAGAUAUUGGAAAUGAGGAAGGCUCCAUCGGGUCUCUGGUACAGGAUUGGUUAAAUAAAGCAAAGGAUGAGAGAAUGAGAGAUAGAGGUUAUAUUGAUGGGUUCCAUAAUAUAGUAGCAUGGUCUAGGUAUGAUAAUGAGGAGGAUAAACAAAAGGAAAUGGCUGAACGAAGAGCGAAAACUCCCUGCAGUAGUGAUAGUAUUAUGGACUUAAUGAAAGAAGGAAUGUCACAUCAAUUAAACGUAUUAGUCGAUCCAAUAGCAGUGGCUAAUGAUUGUAUCGAGAAAGCGGAGAAUAACGGCAAAGACAAAGCACUUUGCAAUCGCUUAAAAUGUAUUGAAGAAUACUUGCAGGAAACGACAACAACACCUGCAACGACAGCAGGUGCACAAGCAGGAGCAGGACGGCAGCGGAAAAAAAAAGAAAAAAUGAACACAUCGAAGACGACGACGACGGAAGAAAAUUGUUUCUUUUUUGAAGAAAAUUUUUUUUCAUUCAUUUUUUUCAUUUUUCAGUUCAUUUCAUUUUUCAGUUCACUUCAUUUUUCAGUUCAUUUCAUUUUUUUUCCAGUUCAGUUCAUUUUUGUCCUUCUUAAUUAUAUAUAUAAUAUAUACAAAUU